CUCAGAGGGAGUGGUGCAGAAAAGCAGGAGCAGCUUGUAUGUGUCUGUGUGUUUAGAGAGCGAGAGAGUGUGUGUAAGGAGGGAAGAGAGAGUCAGAAAUCCAGGAGAGUUUGCUCAAAGAAGGACAGAUCUGAAACCUGGUGAGGAGAGGGGUGAGAGCAGCAGACGGAGAUAGAGACUGGACGACAAGCUGACAAAAUCUGAGUCGAGCGACGGACCAUCACUCUUUGGGUAGUUUUACCAAGCUGGUUUCCACGGUGACAACAUGGGUGCAGUGGUGGGCACUUUGACCAUGCAAACCAAACAGAGAAGACCCUCAAGAGGGUAGAAUGCCUUCUCUGGCUGAGGAGAGAGAAGUCUUGGUCUCUUGGCUUAGGCUGCUGCACCCGCGAUCUGACUCUCGACAAGCGGUUGAAAAUGGAUGGAUGGAUGUUUCUUCUUAGGCUCCACCAUGACUAACAGAUAAAACAGACGACGAGCUUGAGAUGACCAUGGUGUGUCACAGACCAGAAGGUCUCGAUCAACUGGAAGCCCAAACUAACUUCAGCAAACAGGAGCUGCAAAUCCUCUAUCGUGGUUUUAAAAAUUUUCCCCAUCAGGAAUGUCCAAGUGGAGUGGUAAAUGAGGAGACGUUUAAACACAUUUAUGCACAGUUCUUCCCUCAUGGAGAUGCCAGCAUGUACGCACAUUAUCUUUUCAAUGCAUUUGACACAACAAACAAUGGCUCCAUUAAGUUUAAGGACUUUGUGAUGGGCCUAUCUAUUCUGCUGAGGGGCACUCUGAGGGAAAAGCUGGAGUGGACAUUUCAUCUUUAUGACAUUAACAGAGAUGGAUACAUAAACAGAGAGGAGAUGACAGAGAUUGUGAGGGCUAUUUAUGACAUGAUGGGCAAGUACACCUACCCUGCGCUAAAGGGGGACGUCCCCCAGCAGCAUGUGGAUGCCUUUUUUCAGAAAAUGGAUAAGAAUAAAGACGGAGUGGUGACACUGGAGGAGUUUAUUAUAGCCUGCCAGCAGGAUGAAAACAUGAUGAGAUCCAUGCAGCUGUUUGAAAAUGUGAUGUAGGACAAGUUGGAAACAAGAAGAUCGAAACAUGGAAAUGACAGGGCUUGGUCUGAGUGUGUGUGCGAGUGUGUGUGCAUGGGUGCAUAUGUGCAGUACCUCCAGUCCCUCCUCUUCUUCCUGUUGGGUCCAGCUGAGCGCUGGAUACAACCAAUGACACUAAUAAAAGGACUGGAGUGGAACACGUUUAGCCUUCCUGCGGAGUUCCACACACAACACAGCAAACCUUCUGACGGGCUUGGACGUCGACACUUCUGUUUGCAGCAGAGCGAUGACAAAGAUCAGACUUUUAAAGAUGAAGAUGUUCCUACAUUACAAAGCUGCUCCAGAUCUUAGACGAGCCAUGAGUUCAAGAAGCUACAAUAUUUGUUUUUGCUGUCUUUAUUUUCCCUUUUUAUUUCUCAAAAAUACCUGCAUAGAUUUCAAAGAGUUUUUUUAUCUUCAAAUAUUUGCUUGACCAUGAAGACAUAUGUUUCUUCAUUAGCUUAAACGCCUGACAGUGUUGAAAAGUUCGCUAUCCAUUCCUCUGAUUUGGUGAUUCAUACUUUUGCGUUGAGUCCGUCUCACAUCUUUACGAUUUGUGCUCGUACAUGUCAUGCUUACAGAAUGAGAAAAGACUUAAAGGUGGGUCUUUGCUGUGAUUACAUUGUCUUUUUGUGCUUUAGCAUUAAAAAAAGGGCAUUCUCAUAAAAUCCCAUAGUUGUCGAGUAGCUCUGUUAAGAUUGUGCAAAAAUAAAUUCGGCAAGAUGUUCAAAGCAACAUAUUUGCAGUACUGACGGGUAAUUAAAUGUCUUAGACAUUUGAAACAUGUUUAUUGAAUUUUCUGAAGAAAAUUCCAUAAAGUCAUGUUUGGAUUGUGAUGUAAUACAACAGUUCUAAUGAUUAUGAACUAUUUUGUGCAAAUUGGAACAUCAAUGCAUAUAAAGUUCAGACAGAUGAAGGUUCCUGUGGUUCCCCGCAGAUCGGUGCAUGUUUAAAAGCACCAUUACAGAAAACUUGCUGGGAUAUAGAAUUUUUAACACUGAAAUAUUUAUUAUUGUUCUUUUUGCAGCCAGAGCAGAGCAGCUCUAUGCUAUGUGGCACGUUCUUGUGUAAACCAGGAUGUCUAGUUUCUUUGGUGGAAACGGUCGUUCUGUUGGAAUGAAAAAAAUAUGCAGAAAGUCAUUUGAAGCCACAAUAAUAAAUAUUUAAAUUGUUCAA